UCCUAUUUAAGUCAAAAAUGUAAUAAUUAUAACUUAUUUGGUUCGGGUCAUUCCUAAUCCUCUUUUUAUGUUGCUUUUCUCAUUUUUGUCUUAAUGGGUCAGAGUAUCAAAACGUUUCCAAAAGAACACUUUGGAAAUGUUGCUCUGAUCAUUGCCUUUUCUAUGUGCUUACUUUCAUAAUUUCAUUUCAUUUGUGUUUUAUUAACUGUUUUUAUUUUUUUCUUUCUCUUUCCUACUCACCUGUUUUUCUUCCAUCAUUGCUUUUCUUUUUCUUUUUUUUUUUUAACCACCAAUCCAUGAAAUCAUCUGGCUUGCUUUUUAAAUCAACCACAUCCAAAAUGAUCCUAAAAUCUGUUUGCUGGGCUGACUGUAAACGGUGCUCAGCGGGGUUCAUCAAGUCUCCCCUCUCUCGGAUGAAGCUGAUUAAUGACAGUGCAGAGCUGCAUUGCGAGGUUAUAGGGACCCCCAUUCCCGAGGUGCAGUGGUGGUUUAUAGUGGGAGAAGAGCCCGAGAACGAGACCUCCACUCAGCUUUUUGACGGGGCACGGGACGACCGUGUGCAAAUAAAUGCCACAUAUAUUACACAUGCCACUAGCACCAUUCACCUCACUAGCCUCACCCUCGACGACUCUGGCACGUACGAGUGCCGCGCUUCCAACGACCCCGACCGCAAUGAACUGAAGAAGACGCCAAAAAUCAAGUGGAUCCGCUCGCAGGCAAACAUUAUUGUGAUCGAAAGUGAGUGGCAGAGGAAGCAUGAGGAGACUCAGGUCAAAGUAGCUUGACUGUUAUCUCCUCAUUAGUGAAGUCCUGGACACUGAGCUCCUGUUACUCAACUCCCAUGCUUCCGGUCCAGUACCCUGCUCCUCCUGCUUCACCCCGUAUACACACCCCCUCUCCUCUCCUC